CGCCCUACCGGGACCCCGGGCUCGCGCCCGCCUCCCCACGGACUGUGGGCGUGGCCCUGGGCAGGCCACCGCGGCCCUGGGCAGGCCACCGCGGCCCUCGGCGCCUCGGCCUCCUGUAACAGGGCCCUAACCGUGCCUGCUGCCAAGGGACUUGUCACCGGCCUCCCAGAGCCGGGUGACAGCCAGGGCCCCCAACCGUCUCAGGCGGGCGCCCACAGCACGCUCUGGGGAGGCCAGGCCCACCCACUCCAGGCGCCCAGGGGGAGGGACAGAUCCCAGGCCGGGCCGGAACGGCCUGAGCGGUAAAUGGGGCCUAUGGCAUCGUGUGGAAGGCGGUGGAUCGGAGGACUGGCGAGGUUGUGGCCAUCAAGAAAAUCUUUGAUGCCUUUAGGGAUAAGACGGAUGCCCAGAGGACGUUUCGGGAAAUCAUGUUGCUGCAGGAAUUUGGGGACCAUCCCAACAUAAUCCGCCUCCUGGACGUGAUCCGGGCGGAGAACGACAGGGACAUCUACCUGGUGUUGGAGUCUAUGGACACUGACCUGAAUGCCGUCAUCUGCAAGGGCGGUCUGCUGAAGGACGUGCACAAGCGCUACAUCUUCCACCAGCUCCUGCGGGCCACCGAGUUCAUCCACUCAGGACACGUCAUCCACCGGGACCAGAAGCCAUCCAACGUUCUCCUGGACUCCAGCUGCUUGGCGAAGCUAUGUGACUUCGGCCUCGCCCGUUCCCUCAGCGGCCUCCCUGAAGGGCCGGAGGGCCAGGCCCUGACAGAGUAUGUGGCCACACGCUGGUACCGGGCUCCGGAGGUGCUGCUGUCCGCAAGCCGGUAUACCCCUGGGGUGGACAUGUGGAGUCUGGGCUGCAUCCUGGGGGAGAUGCUUCGGGGGAAGCCCCUGUUCCCUGGCACAUCUACGCUCCACCAGCUGGAGCUGAUCCUGGAGACCAUCCCGCCACCAUCCAAGGAGGACCUCCUGGCUCUCGGCUCAAGCUACAGCGCCUCUGUUCUGACCCGCCUGGGGUCGCGGCCACGGCAGACGCUGGACACCCUCCUGCCACCCGACACGCCCCCGGAGGCCCUGGACCUCCUCAGGCGACUCCUGGUGUUCGCCCCGGACAAGCGGCUUAGCGCCGCCCAGGCUCUGCGGCACCCCUACGUGCAGAGGUUCCACUGCCCGGCCCGUGAGUGGACACUGGAGGCCGAUGUGCGGCUCCCGGUGCAGGAAGGAGUCCAGCUCUCGGCCCCCGAAUAUCGCAACCUCCUCUAUCAGAUGAUCCUGGAUCGCAGGGGCAACAGCCAGGUCCCGAGAGAGGAGGGCCUGGGGGACGCCCCCCGGCCCCAGGCACCCCCGCCCAAACCCGGAGCCGUCCCCCGGCUGGCCUCGGACUCGCCCGCGCAGAACCCUGGACGCAGGCCUCGGAGUGGCCCCGGCUGCGAGCCCGCGCGCGAAGCCCUCGGCAGAGCCACGAGCCUUCCCAGGCAGAGCUCCGGGCCCCUGCUCCGGCCUCCGCCCCUAGGAGGUCCUGGGAGGGGGGAAAGGUCCCCCGGGGCGACGACGGCGUCCCCCUCGGCACCCUCGUGGAUGAAGCCCGGCGUGAGGGGGGCGGCGCCCUCCCUGACCUCGCAGGCGGCUGCCCAGGUGGCCAUCCAGGCCCUGAUCCGGAGUGACCGCGACCCGGGCCGUGGGGUGCAGGCCACCGCCGCGCCACGGGUGAGCCCGGCCCCUUCGGCCCUCGCCUCCCUUCCCGUCAGCCCUUCCCCUCCGACCCGGGGCUCGCUCCCCGUUGGGUCCUCCCCUGCCCCUUCCUCCCCUGCGCCUGCGCCGCCCCUGACCGGCCGUCCGACCGCGUGCAGGUCCCCCACGGGCUUUCCCGCGAGCCCCGGCCCGGCCGGAGGAUGUUCGGCGCCUCGGCCUCGCUGGGGGCCCAGGGGGCCGCUCGGGCCGCGCUCGGGGGCUACUCACAAGCCUAUGGCACCGUCUGCCGCGCGGCGCUGGGCCGUCUGCCCCUGUUCCCUGGACCUCGCGCAUGAGCCGCCCUCCCGCCCUCAAACCCCCCGCAGCUCAGCCGCGACCCGGAUCGCCCCCUCCCUUUGCCUAGCCCCUUGUCCAGGCCUCCCGCGGGGUAUGGGGGGAUAGAUGAGGUUCCCACCCAGCCCCAAUCACUUCCGCCAAUAAAGACUUGUCUGUUCCCUGCU